AUGUUGUCAGAUAAAGUUAAACUAUUAAGCAUAGAAGGUAAUUCUGAAGUACACACAGAUAGAACUAAAAUUGAGUCAAAUAUAAAACAAGAAAGCGAUCUUAAUGCUGAUAAUGAAAUAUGGGAGGCUGUAAACAAUCUUUGGAAAAAUGUAUAUUUAGGAGAUAAAUUAAUAACUAGACAAAAAUUUAAAAAAUUGAUCGAAUACUCCCAAAAUAUGAAGAAAAAGAACUCAAAAUUGAUAAAACUUUUAUUACAAAUAGGAAAAGAAAUGAAAAAUUAUGAUAAGAAUAAUGAGAAAUUUUGGCAGACUUCCAAGGUUGGAAAUAUGAUGUAUCCUCCCAUUAAUAUUGAGGAUGCUUCACCUAUACCAUGGAAUAAUACUAAAUUAUUGAAACUAAAUCUUGAUAAAUCAACAAGUCUGACACAAAGAUACCCAGAUGUAACAAGUUUAUCUGUCAAUGAGGGGGUUGUUAAUUCUAUUGAACAAAAUCCAGAUAUAUCAAAUUGCUCUCUAAUUACCUCUUUAAUAAAUAUUAAUAGGUUUAAACAUGAAUAUUAUCCCAAAAUAGAGAAAUUUUCAGAUGCACCAAGUAAUCGAUAUCACCUUAAUCUAUGCUUUAAUGGUUGCAUUAAUAGAUUAAUUUCUGUUGAUACAGAUCAUAUUCCAUACAAUAAAAAAACUCACAAACAAUUAUCUUUAUAUAGUAAUAAUAUUAAAGAUAAAAUAGUAGAACUAGCAUAUUUACAAAUUCAUGGUGGCACAUAUAAGAGCAGUGGAUCAAAUGUGGCCAUGGACACAUAUCUAUUGACUGGGUUACUACCUGAAAUUGGUUCUACUAAGAAAUAUUCCUUUGAAAAAUUAAAACAGUUUUUCGAGGCCAAUUUAUGUAUUAUGGCUCUUGGAACAGGCGAUGACUCUAGUAAGUUAAGAUCCCCUCUUUUAAAGAACCAUGAUUAUUCUAUUCUUGGAUUUGAUUCAAAGAAAAGAGAACUUAGUAUUCAAGAUCCAUUAAAUUCUAAAUCUACUCUCACUAUAUCAGAGGAUGAACUGGAAAAUAAGUUCUCUCAAAUUUAUAUUAACUGGGAUACAAACAAAUUAUUUAACUCUGAAACCAAAUUCACUUUUUAUUACGAUACAGAAAUAUUUAAUAAAUUUGAAUCUAAUUUUGAUAAACCUAUAUUUUCGAUCCAAAACAAAUCUGCCUCAGCAAAUGAAACUGUAUGGGUUCUUUUGGAGACACAUUUAACACCAAACCAUUUUACUGAAGUGCAUUAUGCAUAUCUACAACCUGUGCCAGACAAAAUGACUGAUCCAUUGUUUAUGCCAAUAGACAGUGCAUCUAACAUUGGAUUGCAACUAAUUAAGAUAAAUAUACCAAAGGGUAAAAAUAAAAAGUUUAUCUGUUACUCCAAUAUAUCUAAAUGGUUCACAAUCCAUUGUUUUUCAGUAGAAAAUAAUAUUGAAUUGAAAAUGUUGGACACUGCUGAUAUUUAUAAAUCUACAGAAUUUCUUACUUAUACAGACCAGAUGAAUAAAAACUAUGGACACCCCCAAUAUUUCACUAACCCAACGUUCCAACUGUGUGUUCAAUCCAAAAUUGAUAAAGAAAUAAUGAUUACUUUGCAAUUUUUAUCAAAAUUAAAUGAUUUAAAGCUAAACUUCCAAUUGUUUGAUAAAGAUGAUUUAUAUCUAUCUAAGCCGAUCUUAUUUGAUCAGUAUUACUAUAUACAGCACUAUGAGAAACACAAUGUCCCCUUAGAGACAAAUCAUAACUAUCUUUUAAUAUGUACUUGUUCAAGUAAUGAAACUAUUUUAAAUAAAUUUAAACUAAUUGGAUAUUGUUCCAAAGAUAAGAAUAAUACUAAAGAUUUAGAAUUGAAUAAAAAUAUUUUAUUACAAAGAAUUGAUAGAAAAUUUGGUGAAUUACCGUAUAGAAAGGAAUUUACAUUUCAAUUUCCAUCAUCACCCACUCUUGAGCAUGAUUAUAAUCAUGGACAUAUACAAUACCAGAUUUCUAAUAUUGAUAAAGAAAUCAAAAGUAAUGCAUUGUUUAUUCGUCUUACACCAAUGAACAAAUGUAUUGGUGAUCGAGGUGUUGAUUUAAAUUUAAAAAUUUCAGUUAAGAUAUAUGAUUCAGAGACUUUUGAAAUAUUACAUGAUGAAAGUGGCUAUUAUUAUAAAGGUAUUAUUAUUAAUGACUUUAAAUUUACAAUCAAUCAUUCACCUAUAAUAUCCAUUGAAAUGAAUGAGUUAACAAAACAACAUAUUUUUCCAAUGAAAAUAUACCUUGGAUCCAGAAAGGAUAUUUUAGUUAAUAUGAAAGGAGUCAAAAAAUAA